AGCAGGACGGCCGCCAUCUUGCGCGAGCCGGAAUCGCGUCCCGCUGCUGCGGCCUGGAGUGCGCGCGAGUCGGCGGCGUCCCGGUGCAGCUGCCCCGCGUCGCCGCGGCCCAGCCGGACCCCUCGCCCGCCACCUCUCUGUCCCCGGCCGGAGUCCGGCCUCACGCCCUCCUCCGGGCCAGGUCCGGCCUCCCCGCGGGGUCACGCCGCUGCCCCGGGGACGAUGAACGGAGGAUAAAUGGUGCCCAAGGCAGACAGCGGUGCCUUCCUGCUGCUCUUCCUGCUGGUUCUCACCGUCACCGAGCCGCUGCGGCCAGAGCUCCGGUGCAACCCUGGGCAGUUUGCGUGUCACAGCGGUGCCAUCCAGUGCAUCCCCCUCCCCUGGCAAUGUGACGGCUGGCCAACGUGUGAGGAUGAGAGUGACGAAGCUGACUGUCCAGAAGUGACUGGAGAGGCCCGUCCUUAUCAUGGGAAGGAGACCUUGGACCUGCGGCAGGGGCGGAGCAGAGGAGGCGACCCCCCACAGUUCCACAUCGUGAACAUGGCUCAGCCUGUCCGCUUCAGCAGGAAGUGCCCAACCGGGUGGCACCAUUAUGAAGGCACGGCCAGCUGCUACCGGGUCUACCUCAGCGGAGAGAACUACUGGGAUGCCGCGCAGACCUGCCAGCGCGUGAACGGGUCACUCGCCACUUUCUCUACUGACCAGGAGCUGCGCUUCGUCCUGGCCCAGGAAUGGGACCAGCCAGAGCGGAGCUUCGGCUGGAAAGACCAGCGCAAGCUGUGGGUUGGUUAUCAGUAUGUCAUCACUGGGCGGAACCACUCCUUAGAAGGUCGCUGGGAGGUAGCGUUCAAAAGCUCCUCAGAAGUGUUCCUGCCUCCAGACCCCAUCUUUGCCUCCGCCUUGUCUGAGAGCGACCAUGUGUUCUGUGCCCAGCUCCAGUGCUUCCACUUCCCUACCCUGAGGCACCAUGACCUCCACAGCUGGCAUGCUGAGACCUGCUCCGAGAAGUCCUCGUUCCUGUGUAAAAGAAGUCAGACGUGUGUUGAUAUCAAAGACAAUGUCGUGGAUGAAGGGUUCUACUUCACUCAGGGAGAUGACCCGUGCUUGAGCUGUACCUGCCAUCGAGGGGAGCCUGAGAUGUGCGUCGCUGCCCUGUGUGAGCGGCCCCAGGGAUGUCACCAGUACCGCAAGGACCCUAAGGAGUGCUGCAAGUUCAUGUGUCUGGACCCAGAUGGCAGCAGCCUGUUUGACUCCAUGGCUAGUGGGAUGCGCCUGGUCGUCAGCUGCAUCUCCUCCUUCCUCAUCCUCUCGCUGCUGCUUUUCAUGGUCCAUCGGCUGCGCCAGCGGCGCCGGGAGCGCAUCGAGUCCCUGAUUGGAGCGAACUUGCACCAUUUCAACCUCGGCCGGAGGAUCCCUGGCUUUGACUAUGGUCCAGAUGGGUUUGGCACAGGCCUCACCCCGCUGCAUCUUUCUGACGACGGGGAAGGUGGGACGUUCCACUUCCACGACCCUCCACCUCCUUAUACAGCUUACAAGUACCCAGACAUGGACCAGCCGGAUGACCCACCGCCGCCCUAUGAGGCUUCCAUCAACCCGGACAGUGUGUUCUACGACCCUGCAGAUGACGAUGCCUUUGAACCCGCGGAGGCCAGCCUGCACCCAAGGGACAGUGGCAUUGAAGGUGCAUUGCCCAGGCACUUGGAUCAUCCGAUGCCUCCUGCAGAGACCUCCUUAGCAGAUCUGGAAGAUUCCACAGACAGUAGCAGUGCCCUGCUGGUGCCUUCUGAUCGCCAGAGCGGAAGCACCCCAGCUCCCGAAGCACCACAAGGUGGUGGGCGCCACCCCCGUGGCUCCCUCAAUACUGUGGUUUAGGUGGCUCAGCUCCUGGCCCCAGUGGGCUAGGAGUAUCUGUUUCCUGUUCAGAAGACACCUAUCCCAGUGGGAGACGUCCAGGCGGCCUGUCGUAGCCUGGACCUACUCCACUGCCACAUCCCACCAGCAGCGGGUGUGUACAUAGCAACUGAAGCCAGGCACCCUACAGGAGCAAGUGCCUGUGCCGUCUUUACUGGAGGGCUUCUCAGUCGUGAGAAGCUUUGGGUCAGUCUCAUUUGUAAAGGGCAGAAUGGCACAGGUGUUCAAACCACACAUUUCCAAGAGAGCAGAGGCGGUGGGCUGUACUCACACCAGAUACAUCUUUGGAUGGGCUUGCUUACUGCACUCGCCUACAGAAGCCACUCGUCACCAGUGACCAACCACACCAGUGUAGACAGCAGGGCAUCUAGGAGCGGCUUCCGGGGAAGGCAUGUGCGGCUGUGCACUGGCUCUCUGGGGCGUCCUGUCCGGCCCAAAUGCACAUAUCGAGGUGCCAGUCCCGGGGAGAGAAUUGAACUUGCCGCCCCAUUUCUAGCUUUGCUUUGAGGCCAGCACCGUGGCAGCGCUCUCCAUGGCAUAGCUCUGCAUGGCUCCCCAGGAGUAGACUCUAGACCCCUUGGAGGGUUGGGCAUACUGGCUUUUCUCUGCCACACUCUGGAUCCCUGUGCUCUGCCUGCUGGUGAACGACCUUUGGGUCUGGCCAGCCCCUUCACCCUGUCUGUGCCAUAAAGGGUUGGUGGUUUGGGAAGGGAAUUGACUCCAGUAGACAUCCUGUGUUGAGUCCUCUGAGUCCAUGUCACCUGUGGCCACUGCUGGAGCCCAGCAUCUGCUGCCACACACAUGCCUCCCAGCCGCUCCACAGCACUGGGCACCUGGGACCCUGUGGCCAACUCCAUGCAGUGGUCUUGUUUCCUGACACAGGCCUUCAGCAUUUCUAAGGUUUGGAGAUUAAGCAAGGUUCUGUGCAGUUUUUAGCACACAUGUCUCUUUUCUAUGUUGGAUGUCAGGAUCUUUCUGUAUCUAUGUGUGUCCUCACAUGGCCAAAUGUUUGCAGGUGACGAUGGUUCUCGGGAGCUCAGGACGCCCCGUUACCCCACAUGAGCCAUUUGCCCUGGGGCUACUCUUAGACCUACGUGUCCGAGCUGCUUCCUAGGCCGUGGUCCAGCUAAGAACAUGAGCGGGAGAAGUGACUAAGACUCCAGCUCUUUGGUGCUUGAUCAGACCUGCACAGUUCUAGGCACAUUUUUACACUGCUUGGAAACCUAUGUUUCCCCUUCCCAUAGGGAGCAUCUUUAGGCUGGAUCCCCAGGGCUGACUGGAGGUGUGAGACUUGUCCCUAGAUAGUCUGUCUCAAGCUGAGCCCGCAGGCUAGCUGCUGCAGACAUCUCUCUGCCAAAGGCUUUCUCCUCCUCCACCCAUGACGAGGGGAGCAGGAAGUUCGUCAUACCUCCAGCAAGUACUGAGUGCUGGGCACAGGCAGCCACGCUCCAGAGCAACAGUGGGAUUGCCUUGGUGCCAGACCAUCCGCAAGACUCCUAAGGACCACACAGCAGUGCCUCAGAAGGCCAUAUGUACAGACCGAAAUUCUCUGGGGACCAAGUGACUGUUGGGGUUGGCCAGGGCCUGAGUCUAGGAGGCAGAGGUGAAGAGGGUGGCCUGAGGGGGACCAUGGUGCUGCUGAGGUGGACCUGACAGGCUGCCAGGGACUGUCCAGCAGGCACUUGGGGUACAUGUGGCCUGUAUUUGGGACUGUUCAUACUAUUGCUGUUGUAGUUCCAAGUAAUAGGGUCUGCCACCCUCUCCAGAUCUUAGGUGAGUAAUCGCAGGUCCAGGAUUUGCUAAGGUUUGUGUUUCCUUGCCCAUCCCACAAGGCCCCAGAGGGACAGGCCAAGCUGCCGGGAGUCCCCUUUCCCAGGACUGCCUUGCCACUCUUCUGAGAGGCUGGGUGCCCUCUGACCUGCCUUGAAGUGGAAUUUGAUACUGUACAUUGUCUCAAUGCCUGUUUUUACAUACUCCUUUCACUAAAGGUUUUAGUUUGGGUGUAUUUUUGGUCGGGUUGGCAUUAAUCCUUUCUUAAGAUGCUGUGAGAACCAUUUCAUCCAAUGCCAAAUAAACUUGUGUUAUAGAAAA